AUGGCUUUACAGGACCUGUGCAACUUCCAGGACAUUUUUCUGGACAGUAUAACUGCAGAAUGUUCUUCCAUCCUUGCUGGAAAGAAGACUGAUUGUACCUUUGAGAGUGGUUUGCCCUCUGGCAACAGAACAAGUCUGUUCAAUUUUUACAUACCAGUUGCAGAGUACCUGGAGGAGAGCCCGAUACAAUUUGGGCAAAUCAGCACGGUCCAGAGCUCCAGCGCAGUCUCAUAUCAAAACGGCAUCUUCCCAUCCCUGUCAUCGCUCACAAACCUUCCUCUGGCCUCCUCUCAGUCUGUCCCGCUGCCUUUCCCCAUGUCUCACGGCACCACCACCCUGGCCUUUAUGUUUCAGGGCGGCGUGUUGGCUGCAGCAGACACUCGUUCCAGUUGCUCUGGGCUCGUGGCGUGCCCGGCCUCCCAGAAGAUCCUGCCCGUUCACAGUCACUUGGUGGGCACUACUUCAGGUACUUCAGCCGACUGUGCCCUUUGGAAACGGAUUCUGGCUCGAGAAUUGCGGCUCUACCAACUCCGCCAUGGCCGACGGUUGUCCACAAGGGGAGCUGCCAAAUUGCUUUCCCACAUGCUUCACCCGUUUAAGGGAACCGAGCUGUGUGUAGCUGCCACGUUGUGUGGGUGGGACGGGGGAGAGGUAGAUGAAUACCAUGACCAUGGAGGUGCAAAGAUUGAUCUCAGUAGAGGAAAAACAACAAGUCAAAUGACUGAUCCUCUGAAGUCUGUAGAUACCUGUCUUGCAAAGGCCUCUCUGGAUCAGAGCUCUUCUACAACAAUUGUUGGUCAACAGUGCUUUUCUCGAAAGAAAGUGAGUUUCUCUGGACCCAGUCUGUACUAUGUGUGCAGUGAUGGUACUCGCCUGCAGGGAACGCUCUUCUCCGUAGGCUCGGGAUCCCCCUAUGCCUACUCCAUUUUGGACCAAGGGGUUCAAUGGGGUCUGACAGUGGACGAGGCCACAUCAAUAGCCAGAGAGGCUGUAUACAGAGCCACACACAGGGAUGCGUACUCAGGAAACUGUGUAGACAUUUAUCACAUCACCUCAAAAGGGUGGACACGCAGAAGCAGGGAGGACUUGAAAGAGGAAUAUUACAGAGAAAAAGAAAGACGAGAGAGAGACGGGACGUGACUUUGUCUGAGUAAAGACAUGAUACAUCA